ACGCUACUAGUGACGUGUAUAAUUUGGAGUAGAAUUAGAACUAAAGUUUUCAAAAUGAGAUUUCUGAUAUUAAUAUGUAUUUUCAGUAUAUUCUUAGCAAAAAUAAACGCACAAGGAAGAACCUUAGUUCUUCUAGAUAAUCAAGUCAUUCGCGAAACACAUUCCAUAUUUUUCAGAUCCUUACAAGAAAGAGGAUACAGCUUAACUUACAAAAUAGCAGAUGAUUCUAGUUUAGUACUUUCCAAAUAUGGGGAAGCCUUAUAUGAAAACUUGAUAAUUUUUGCACCUUCUGUAGAGGAAUUCGGAGGAUCAUUGAAUGUAGACACUUUAACUCAGUUUAUUGAUGAGGGGGGAAAUAUUUUGAUUGCUGGAAGCAGCAUCACUGGUGAUGUAUUGAGGGAACUCACAUCAGAAUGUGGCUUUGAAGUUGAUGAAGAAGGAGCAUAUGUAAUUGAUCAUUUAAAUUAUGAUGUUACUGAUGAGGGAGAACAUACCAAAUUAGUUGUAGGCAAUGAAAAUCUGAUAGAUUCAGAAGUUAUUAUUGGACAACCUAGGUCUAAAAUUGCCCCAUUAUUGUAUGAGGGAACUGGUCUUUUAGCUGAUACUGAGAACCCACUUGUCCUAUCUUUAGUCUCUGGUCACAGUACUUCCUAUAGUUAUAUCCCUGGACAAAAAAUUAAAGAGUAUCCUCAUGCUGUUGGGAAAGAUACACUUCUCAUUGCUGGACUUCAAGCUAGAAAUAAUGCACGAGUUGUAUUCAGUGGAUCAUUAUCCUUUUUCUCUGAUGAAUUCUUUACUUCAUCUGUAGAGAAAGCUUUGGGUGGAAAGAAAUAUGAAAAAUCAGGUAAUCAAGAUGUUGCCAAGGCAUUGAGUCAAUGGGUAUUCAAAGAACAUGGACAACUUAGGGUAAAAUCUGUCAAUCACCAUAAAGCAGGAGAAAGCAAACCACCUGCAGACUAUACUAUAAUGGAUGAUGCUGUAUACGACAUUGAAAUUGAAAUUUUGAAUAAAGGAAAGUGGGAACCAUUUGUAGCUAAUGAUAUACAAUUGGAAUUUGUAAGAAUCGAUCCAUUUGUCCGAACAACUUUGAAGAAAACUCACAAUGGCAACUACCAAGCUAAAUUCAAAAUCCCUGAUGUUUAUGGGGUCUAUCAGUUCAAAGUAGAUUAUGACAGGGUUGGAUACACAAGGCUUUUUAGUACCACUCAAGUUUCUGUGAGACCACUGCAACACACUCAAUAUGAAAGAUUCAUUUUUAGUGCUUAUCCUUAUUACACUGGUGCUUUUUCAAUGAUGAUUGGUGUGUUUCUGUUUUCUUUUGUGUUUUUGCAUUUCAAAGAUGACGAUAAAAAGUCAAAGAGCGAUUAAUGUGAUUUCAAGUUGUUUUUUCAUCUGAACAAUAAAAAAUUCCACUGUA